AUGCCGGAACACGAAAGCAAGCUGAAAAAACAUGCUGAAGUAUCCUGGAGGCCUAGAAGUAAAGCCAUCAAUGUCAGUAUUUUCCAUGAAUAUCUGAUGAAAACACUUGAUCCUAAUUUCAAAGGCGUCGCACUCAACCUGAUGUACAACACAAUUUACAUUAAUAUGAGAAGCAACAACACAUCGUUCCUUAAAGUUUUAAAUGAAAAGCUUUUACCUGUUUAUGCUUCGUGGGCUUAUCCGAAAGAUUCUUUUCUUGUUGAGUCCUUCAAUGAAAAGUUAGAAGCAUUCACAGAAAAUGGAUUGAUGGAGUUCUUGAAACUUGAAUAUGUGGAUCCAAAAUAUCUUGCCGUAAAAGAACCGAAAAAUGGACCAAAGAAAUUAAAUUUGGAGGAGCUUUGGGGUGGAUUUGGAUUAUGGAUGAUUGGAAAUAUUAUUGCAGUGAUUGUUGUAAAUUGGAUCGGCGAUCCGUAUCGGAAAAUGGAUCGCCCAACUCUGGUUCCUAUAUGGGCCUGUCCUUGA